CUACAGCCGCCGGUGGCGCCGCCACAUUCAACAGGCAGCAGCUCAGCGGGCACGCCGCGGGGGAGAGCCAGCGGCCCGCGGCGUCUGUCCUACCGUCCUUUAGUUCGUGGCUCUGUCAGCAGGAGUGCGGCACCACCUCUGCCAGGACCAGGCGGCUCUGGCCAGUCGUCCACUACGUGCAGCGGACCCGGAGAAGCCUCGAUGUGGAUGCACCCACGAAGUUAAGUUCUGGGCUCGCGCUUCCACUCCGCCACUCCGCCGCGCCUUCCUUCUAGUUUCAGUCCGCUCGCCGCGCCGACCUCGCUCCCCCAAAUCUCGGACGGGCUCUUCGCGCCCCCUCCCCCUCCGCCCCCAGUGCUGCGCUCUCCUCCUUUUUGGCUCUCCCGCGGCUGGGGGAGGGGCGGGGGUCACCAUGGCUGAAGCGCCCCAGGUGGUGGAGAUCGACCCGGACUUCGAGCCGCUGCCCCGGCCGCGCUCAUGUACCUGGCCGCUGCCCAGGCCGGAGUUCAGCCAGUCCAACUCGGCCACCUCCAGCCCGGCGCCGUCGGGCGGCGCGGCUGCGAACCCUGAAGCUGCGGCGGGCAUGCCCUCGGCCUCGGCAGCUGCUGUCAGCGCCGACUUCAUGAGCAACCUGAGCCUUCUGGAGGAGAGUGAGGACUUCCCGCAGGCGGCCGGCUCCGUGGCGGUGGCGGUGGCGGCCGUAGUUGCUGCCACCGGGGGGCUGUGCGGGGACUUCCAGGGCCCGGAGGCGGGCUGCUUGCAUUCAGCGCCGCCGCAGCCCCCGCCGCCCGGGCCUCUGCCACAGCAUCCGCCAGUGCCCCCCGCCGCUGCUGCCGCGGGGCCGCUCGCGGGGCAGCCGCGCAAGAGCAGCUCGUCUCGCCGCAACGCGUGGGGCAACCUGUCCUACGCCGACCUCAUCACCAAGGCCAUCGAGAGCUCGGCGGAAAAGCGCCUCACGUUGUCGCAGAUCUACGAGUGGAUGGUCAAGAGCGUGCCCUACUUCAAGGAUAAGGGCGACAGCAACAGCUCGGCCGGCUGGAAGAAUUCCAUUCGUCAUAAUCUGUCUCUACACAGCAAGUUCAUUCGCGUGCAGAAUGAAGGAACUGGAAAAAGUUCUUGGUGGAUGCUCAAUCCAGAGGGCGGCAAGAGUGGGAAAUCCCCCAGGAGGAGAGCUGCAUCUAUGGACAACAACAGCAAAUUUGCCAAGAGCCGAAGUCGGGCUGCCAAGAAAAAAGCAUCCCUCCAGUCUGGCCAGGAGGGUGGCGGGGACAGCCCUGGAUCUCAGUUUUCCAAGUGGCCGGCAAGCCCUGGUUCUCACAGCAACGAUGACUUUGAUAACUGGAGUACGUUUCGCCCUCGAACUAGCUCAAAUGCUAGUACCAUUAGCGGGCGACUUUCCCCCAUCAUGACUGAACAGGAUGAUCUUGGAGAUGGGGACGUGCAUUCUAUGGUGUACCCACCCUCUGCCUCAAAGAUGGCCUCUACUCUGCCCAGUCUGUCUGAGAUAAGCAAUCCGGAGAACAUGGAAAACCUUUUGGAUAAUCUCAACCUUCUCUCAUCACCAACAUCGUUAACUGUUUCCACCCAGUCUUCACCUGGCACUAUAAUGCAGCAGACACCGUGCUACUCAUUUGCACCGCCAAACACCAGUCUGAAUUCACCCAGCCCUAACUACCAAAAAUAUACAUAUGGCCAAUCCAGCAUGAGCCCUUUGCCCCAGAUGCCUAUGCAAACACUUCAGGACAACAAAUCCAGUUACGGAGGUAUAAGUCAGUAUAACUGUGCACCAGGGCUGUUAAAAGAGUUGCUUACUUCUGACUCUCCUCCCCACAAUGACAUUAUGGCAUCAGUUGAUGCUGGGGUAGCCCAAACCAGCAGCCGGGUUCUGGGCCAGAAUGUGAUGAUGGGCCCCAGUUCGGUCAUGUCAACCUACGGCAGUCAGGCAUCUCAUAACAAAAUGUUGACUUCCAGCUCCCAUACCCAUCCUGGACAUGCUCAGCAAACAUCUGCGGUUAAUGGGCGUGCUCUGCCCCAUGCAGUGAACACCAUGCCUCACACCUCUGGUAUGAACCGUCUGACCCCAGUGAAGACAUCUUUACAAGUGCCUCUGCCCCACCCCAUGCAGAUGAAUGCCCUGGGGGGCUAUUCCUCCGUGAGCAGCUGCAAUGGCUAUGGCAGGAUGGGCAUUCUCCAUCAGGAGAAGCUCCCGAGUGACUUGGACGGCAUGUUCAUUGAGCGCUUGGACUGUGACAUGGAAUCCAUCAUCCGUAAUGACCUCAUGGAUGGAGACACGUUGGAUUUUAACUUUGACAAUGUGUUGCCCAACCAAAGCUUCCCACACAGCGUCAAGACGACAACACAUAGCUGGGUGUCAGGCUAAGAGUUAGUGAGCAGGCUCCACUUAAAAGUCCUUCAGAUUGUCUGCCGACAGGAACUGAGAGAAGCAGUCCAAAGAUGUCCUUAAGAUGUCCUUCAUCGACCCCUUUAGUUUUCUUGAUUUAAAAACAACAACAAAACAACAACAAAAAACCUUCCUCUUUUUCCUUUCGUCAGACUUGGCAGCAAAGACGUUUUUCCUGAACAGGAUGUUUGCCCGAGGUUUGCAGGUUAUGUGCUGCUGUAGAUAAGGACUGUGCCAUUGGAAAUUUCAUUACAAUGAAGUGCCAAACUCACUACACCAUAUAAAUGCAGAAAAGACUUUCGGAUCCUGGUGUGCUUUUGAGUUUUGUAUAUAUAAGCAGUAGAUACAGAACUGUAUGUGUGUGUGUUUUUGUUUUCUUUCUUUUUUUUUUUAAUAUCCAUUUGGUCCAAGACAGUUUAUACUCCUCUUUGUAAUACUGUGAUGGUCUCAUGUCUUGAUAACUUAAACUUUUGUUUGUACUACCUGUGUUCUGCUGAGCUGACGGAUCACAAGGAACUGAGAUCUCUGUUCUGCACCGAACAGCUCUGGGCCUGUUCACAUUGCCACAGAAUUCACAUGAGAACCAAGUAGCCUAUUAUCAAUCUGCUGAAUUAAUGGACUUGUCAAACUUUUGGAAGAAACAAAAAAGAAAUUAAAUGCCAGCCUUGUACAGGUCUUUUCUAUAUAUUUUUUUUUUGUUCAUUUUGUUAUUUGCAAAUUUGUACAAACAUUUAAAUGCUUCUAAUUUCCAGAUAAAUGAUUUUUGAUGUUAUUGUUGGGACUUGAGAUCAUUUUUGGAAUAGAUACUGAACUGUAAUGUUUUUUUCCUAAAAACUAGAGUCUACUUUGUUACAUAGUCUGCUUGUAAAUUUGUGGAAUCACAGGUAUUUGGGGCAACAUUCAUAAUUUUCAUUUUGUAUUUCUAACUGGAUUAGUACUAAUUUUAUACAUGCUUAACUGGUUUGUACACUUUGGGAUGCUACUUGGUGAUGUUUCUGAUUAAUCUUAAAUCAUUGUAAUGAGUACUUGGAUAUUCAACAUUUUGGGCCCUAUUUGGCCAGAUGUAUAGUUAUGGACACUUUGUGUUUUCGUAUUUAGGAGAACUUAAUAUGUUUUCAUGUGUGUAUUUUAAAGAAAUUUCAUCUGCUUCUGCCAACUGUGCACAUCACACAGCGUCAGGCCUUCUGAUGGGUGCCUGUGUGCUGCGUCGCUGCGGUUACUCCCGGGAGGCCUCAUAAUGUUUGUAGUCAGAAAGGAAGCGAUGCUUAAGCAUCAUUCUAGAUGCUUCUUUGUCAGACUGUGGUUCUUCAUCCACCUCUGUUGUUUGAGUUUAGUUUCAGCAAAACUUUCCCCUCACAAUUAUGUGCCCUUACUUGGUCCGGGGGAGGCUGUGCCCUGAGGAAUGCUGUCAGCCCCCUUCAUCCCUGUGCCUGCAGGUUACUCAGUACACUGGGGAAGUUUGAAGUUGAAGGAGGGAAUUGAAAAAUGGGACUUGAGCGAUGUGUAGAAUGCUUUGUGUUUAUAAGUACAGAUGGCUCCCGCAUGGAAUAAAGCUUGUUUAAAAAUUGGGGCAAUUAAUUUGAAAACCAGCAAGCCAGCUGUAAGUUGUGCAUUUGAAUUGA